GUAUUAGGUGUGGGAAACAACAUGCGAAUCGAUCGAUAACACACCAACUAGACGGCAUGACCUGGAAGGGGAUUCUUUUUUUUGUACAUGGGACAAGGGCGCGCGUAGUGGGUGCGAUGGUGGUGGAGAUAUUAAACGUUGAAUUUAACGUGUGCGAGAGUAACACAUCGUAAAAAAGGAUGCUAGAAUAUACGAGUUUUAUCAUCGGGUGUGCGCGUCUCUAUGAUCACACGGUUAUCAAAAACAUCCCCCCAAAUAAAACACUUUGACAAUAAAAGUCUUUUGUAAAGUGCGAUCGUUAUUACAAUACCAGUGUAUUUGAUUUUUGUUUUGUUAUUUUUUUUUUCAUUGAAACUCGUAUAAUGUAGUUAUGCCGAAAAAAAGUGGGAGAAAUUUGAGAGAAUCGCGAAUUGGGAAGAGGCUCGAUGCUUGCAAAAUUCCGAGUUCAGAAGUGAUUGUUAAACAAUUUCGUAGCAUCCAUGUGAACGUCAAAAAUGCGAAACGAUGGUUCAUGCUCAAAAAACGUCUGGCUCUCGUUACAGAUGAUGAACUCGCUGCUUAUCUUCUCGAUCUCGCCGAACCUAUCAUCAGGCGAGAUGGGAAAUGUUCGAGACCAGGAGAUUGGAAAACGGAUCAGGACAAAGAGAAUGAUUUGGAGGUCCUUAAAAUCGAGGAGAAAGAUCUCAACGCGGAGGAGCCUCUGCGUCGGAGUCCACGAAAACAAAGUAUCGUCGCAGUGGCACCAAGCGAAUCAGUUAUCGUUGAAACUCCAGAGUAUCCUAAAUUGCAGCAGACAAAAAUUCCAGAAAUAGUUGGGUCUGAAAGGCGAGAGGCUCAUGAGGAGAAACGACGUUCUAGAAUGAAGCAUCAUCACAAAACGAAAGAGAAACACCACAGGGGAAAGCGCACAAAGCGAAAACAUUCCAAGAACAAUAACAGCAAGGAAGAAAGCAGUUUGUCAAGUAGCCCACAGCAAAGGGAGAUUCUGUCACGGGUGAACGCUGAGGUCCACGAGUCCGACAUUUUGAUGAACAGUCACGAAUUGUGUUUGUCGCCAGUGCCGAAAAUCAUUGUGGAACGAUUAUCGUUGGAAGAAAAACACCCGAUAAUUGUAAGUCCUUCGCGGGAGGAUAAGAAGAAUCCUGUACUGGCAGAAAAUUUGAAUAAAAACAAAAGAACCGCUUUUGACCCUGAAGAAGAUAACAAAACAAUUGACAAUGGCAUAGAGAGGAACAUUGAAUCGGAAAAAACGACAAAUUCACAAUCGAUCGAGUAUAGGAAAUCGAUCGGAGUUCAAAAUGAUUCUAAAGUUUCGGAAACAACGAGGAACAAUGAUUAUGGGGUUGAUCUCAAGCACGAGGGAUUCGAGGGAAGGGUCGAAAAUCUCGAGGUUCUGGAAGGAGACGAAGUUGUGACGAGUAAAAAAUCAACGGACGAGAAGAGAGUCAAGAAGAAACGUAAACACAAUAAGCACGAAACGUCGUCGAAGAAAUCGGAAGAAAUGAUGAGACCUGAUGAAACGAUAUCACCGAAUAAUAACGAAAUUAUUCACAAGCGUCGUAAGAAAAAGCACAAACGUGAUUCUUCGUCGAUCGUUCAUAGGACGAAAAAAUUUCAUGAUGUACGUAAAGCACCUCAGGAUGGUAUAGUGGACAAUUCAACGAUCAAGCAUUCAGAAAUAGCUGAUAGAACGAUACCCGAUGAGAUAAUUAACGAUCCUUUCAUUGUGGAAACGAAUAUCGUUAAAGCUCCUUCAGAAAUUGAAGCCAUCGGAGAAAUUCUCGAGCCGCAGAGGCUCGCGAUAAAAAUAAAACUAUGCCAAGAUUGUAACGAUCGUCAUAUUAAAGAUUCUUGUCCUCUGAUUUCCACGGAUAUUCACUUCAAGGAUCGUAUCAGUUACGAAUCCUGGUCGAAAAAGCAUAACGCCAAUCCCGAAGUGACGAAAGCACUCAAUACUCAAGACCCUAUUUCCGAAGGUUAUCCCGUGAACAGCGACGACAAUUAUGAAUCCGAUGAAGAAACCAGUCCCAAUACCGAACAAGGAAAGCACAAAACGAAAGUUGAAAGCGAAGACAAACAAUUGCACGUCAAUGACGACCGACCUCUAUACUCUAGAGAAUCCUUGCCCGAUUGUUUUGAACUCAAACUAACCAUACCCGAACAUGGGGUUGGAAUAUUUGCGUUAAAUUCAUUACCUAUUUACGCGAAAUUUGGUCCCCUCGUAGGCCAUCCCAUCAAAGAAAUGGAUAUCCCGGAUGAUUUUUCCAUGAGACAUCUUUGGGAGGUAGACAAUGACGGUAAAACUUCGUAUAUAAGCACAACAAAUCCAUUGAAAAGUAAUUGGAUACGUUACAUGAGACCAGCUGAUACCAAAGAGGAUAGAAACGUUACGGUUAUAACGAAAAAUGGCGAAUUGUAUUUCGUUACAACACAGAAUAUCGUGAAGGGAACGGAGCUAACGUAUUGGGCUGAUUCACAAUCCUCAGCUUGGACGCGUAAAAAUAAAAUCGACAAAACCAAUUGCGGAGGAUGUAAUUUGAAUUUCGCGCAUUCGAUAUAUUAUCGUCUUCACUGUUGCAUCUUUCACGACACGAGAUACAGUCUUACCAUAAGAAAAUACCAUUGCAAGGUUUGCGGAGCUGCGGUACUGGGAAAAGACAAUAUAAUGAAACACGCAGCAGAUUUGCACGGUGGUCGGGGUGCAUACCAGUGUCAAUAUUGCCGAAAAUUCUUUCUCCGUUUGAAUUAUCUGGAAAUGCAUCGAACUUACGGUUGUUCUCAAAAUCCUCAACGUUCGAGACCUCUGUGUGACUUCUGCGGACGCAAAUUUUGUCAGCCUCAGAAAUUAAAAGUGCAUAUUAAAAGAAUGCACAGUGAUAUGUCGGAGGUAUUACGAGAAUUUCAAUGUAAAAUGUGCCUGAAACUUCUGGGUUCGAGGGCGGCUCUUCAACGUCACAUGAAGGAAGUACAUCAUAAGGACGUUGUCGGCGCCGCGACGUGCGAUCGUUGCGGCAAAAUGUUUCAAAACAAAAGCAAUCUAAAAAUUCACAUGCUCACCCACAGUGGCGUCAAACCCUUCAAAUGUAAAGAAAGCGAUUGCAAAGCAGCGUUCACUACGAAGCAAUGCUUGCAAUUUCACUACAAAAAAGUGCAUGGCCUGAGUGAGGACAUGAUGCCAAAAAUCGAGAGAUCAGUGGCUUACACGUUUGAUGCAUACAGCGGUGGUUUGGUGGAGGGUGGAGAUCGACAAAAACCGCAGAGAUCCGAAAGAAGAACCUCGCAGCUGGAGAAUAGCAACAGCGUACUGUCGUUGGAGGAUUGUAGUUCGGAGCACAGUUCAAGAGCGGAUGUAUCGAUGAAUUCCUUCCCUCCGACGAUCAGUGAGUUCGAGGGUAGCGUCGUCAGUACACCACGAUAUAACUUGGACCGUUACAUAUUGGACCGCGACGAGCAGGAGAGUGAUUUGCAAGAACGAGAGUUACAAGAUCCGGGUUUGCAGAAUUGUGAAAUCAUGGAACAGGCUCAAUUACAGGAGCAAGAGAUGCAGCAACAACGGGAGAUGCAAGAGCACGGUAUGGAUGAACGAGAUUUGCAAGAGGAUGAGAUUGAAGAGCGAGAAAUGGAAGACAGAGAAUUGGAAGAGCGGGACAUGGAGGAAAGAGGAAAAGUCGACGAAUCAUCGCCGUCUCCGAUUCCACCGCAUUCUCAUCAGGAUCUCCAAAUAUCCGGCACCGAGUCUUCGUUGGAGAACGAAAGACCUACCGGUGAGGUUGAUUAUUACGGGACUCGAUUGCAGAGCAAAGGUAGUAAAAAGUGGAUGGGUCAAUUUAGCAAUUUGAACGAAGCUGGGAUCGUAACGCAGCAUCACAAUGAAGGAACGCGAUCAUCCGACCUCUACGAGUUCAACGAAACGAGCAUAAAGAAACACGAGGAUAGAAACGAAGUGGUUACGACGAGUGAAAGUUUAAUGAACACCGCUAAACUAGGUUUAAAUAUUUAUCGUCGACCGGAAAGUACAAACGCCAGUUUGCUCGUAGAAGCGGCUCUGGAUGCGGCCGAACGAGAUAUCGGAGCAGUUACGAGUUCGAUAAUCGAUGAGAACGAUCGGGACACUAGCAUUUACGGGCUUUCGAGUCAAUUGGGACGACAGGGUGAAGGUCACAUGGAUCCGUACAUUCAACAACAGGAGGAGUUGAUGUCACCUGCCUCGAUGAAUCAGGAUAAUCGUAAAACACCGAAUUCCCAUGUACACAUUGAUUACCAUAUCCAUCGAACGGUGGAAUACAUAAAUUCUUCGAGGAGCCACAGUAUAGAACAGUAUUUACCGCAAGAGGAUUUGCCACGGGUAGGAUCGCCGAGCGGUGCCUACAACAUUCACAUGCAGCAAGACGAUCUCGUCUCGCCUUCAGCGACUCCAAAUCAAAAUCGUUAUCAAGACAUAACUCAUCAUCACCUUCAUCAGCAACAGCAGCACCAUCAACAUCAUCAACACCAACACCAUCAUCAUCAUCAUCAUCAAGUACCGAGCGAUAAUUUAUCCAGCGACGAAGGUGACUCCGUUGCACAAAAUUUGAGUAUAUCGGUCAAAGAAAAAUCUCUACAGUUGGAUCUCUCGACCUCGUACAAAUACGAACAAUUAGACACCGAAUUCUCGAGAGAACGGACCAACUUCGAACCUCUGGUACUCAGCAAUGGCGAACUCCAAGGAUUGGAUAUGUCCGCUCGAGGCUUUCAUCAUUCCCUUGGAUCCCAAAUAACCAAUACUCGCUAUCAUCAUCAUUUGUACGAAAUAACUGAACGACAGAGCGUCGAUCUCAGUCGCAAUACUGGAUAUUCCAUCUCUCCGCCUCCCACAGCUCCACCGCCACCCCCAACUUAUCCUCACAGCGAAGUUUUGAGGAUUGUAAGCUUGGAUCUCACUCCCGGACACAGUGUUGACCUCAGUCUCUCGAGAGCUCAUCACUUGCACUCCACCGGAAGCAGAAUCAUCACCAGCAGUCCUCAACCCUCGGGCUCUUCACACGUCGUGCCUGAUACAGCCGAAGGAAGAAUUUUAUCCUCGCCACCUUCACCGCCACCGCCACCACCACCGCCACCACCUCCGCCGCCUUCGAUCGCAGGAUACAACGCUAAUUAUCCUGUCAGUCCGGCUGCUUAUCAUCCACCACGGCCUGGCUAUCAUCAUUAUUCCGGAUAUUACUGAAUACCUCCGUCAAAGCAUUUUUCUAAAUUUCUACAUCUUCUGAGUUUGUGAAACUCGUAACAAGCUAUUCGCCACUUUUAUUCCCGGACCAGGUCGCUUUUCAAAUGCUCCGGAAACUUUUGCUGUAUUCGGAAUCCAGAUACUUCCGGUAAACCAAGCACAAAUUCGAUGCCUGCGGCCAGAAGCCCGUGAAUCAGCCAGUCACCAAAAGUGAGAAUACGAUAUGGAUUUGGAAAAAUAUUAAUCGUAUCUUUCAAAAACCUCACGGACUAGACUGAUUUAUUCAAGAUUUUCCUCGAAUUCAACGAAAUUCCGUUUCGAUCCGUCGAACCCUUGAGAAAAGAAACUUUUGAAAAUUUUAAGAGCGAACUCAUUGCGAAAUUAACGAUCAGCUAAUCUAAUCAAUCAAGAUACUUUGAUUUUCAUAUAAAUUGCACAAAUCGAACGAUAUAUUAAUCAAACGCAAUAACGAAACGAUACAGUUCAUAAUUGCAUUGAAUAAUUUAGUUGUAAUAUUCUACCGUCUUGAAAUAGGUCGACUUUUCUACUUCGUUUUUGCGGUAAUACGUCCUAGAUUAAGAGUCUCCUCGGAGGUCGCUAGUUCACCGAAUACGAAUAUUCGUGAUAACUGCGUUCGACAAAAUUGCUGUUCAUAAUUCAGGGUAUAUUAUAUUCUUGUAUAAGAAACAAAACUCACAAUCUCUUCGUAGCGUAUAGUUAUAUUAUUUUAACGAAAAAAAUGAAGAAAAUCAGCACAUUCACAGGCAUGGGCGUGAAUCGCGUCUCAAUCGAUUGAUCGUUCAGUAAUGAACAGUGAAUCGAUCGUCAAUGCCUAAAAGUCACUGCAAGUGAGUCGUCGUCUAGUCACUAAAACUCGUAGAGUUUUUUUUUCAUAAUUUUAAGUCUUCUCGAUAUUGAGGAAAUGCGUUUUGCGAAUGAAUUACACGUAAAUUCAUUACAGUCAUUUUAUUCCAUGAGAGAUUUUGUACUCGGUGUUCCCCAGAGGAUUUCAGAAAGUUCAAUCAACUGUGAAUCGACAGAAACUUUAUAGAAUCGUGGGAAUCGUGUGUCAAUCAGAAGGGAAAUAAGAAGAGAUUAAAAUGAUUGAUUGAGAUGAUAAAAUUGGAAGGUUCUGAUAACGUAAAAGUGCGAGUACAUCCAGUGUUUUCCUCGAUUAGCCAUUAAUUAUGAAGUUUUGGUAAGCCUGAAAAUGUCGUUAGUGCCAUAUAAUAAUUGUGCGAGUCACAAUGUUCGAAUACCUUUGUUUUUAGUAGCUUCGUAAAAAAGGUUGAAUGGGAUAGAGAACUAAAAAAUGCGCAAUGGAUAGUUUACACACGAAAACAGGAAUAUAUUUAUCGCUUAAGUAUAUUGUUUAAAAAAUAUAUUUCUAUAGAUACACGAAAUAUAAUUUAUUUUUAAUUCUCGAAUUUAGCUUGUGUAUCCUCCGUAAAUUUUAAAUUAGAUUUACAAAUGUAUUGUACAUUAGAGACGCUGAAGCGUAAUUCCGUUAAAGAGUAAAAAAGCUUCCGAGCGUGAACGCUCGAAGAGUUUUAAUUGCCACAAGAAAUCACGUACAACGCAAAAUUUCGUAAUGCAAAAUUAUAAAUAAUUCAUUGACAACCAAAGAUCUAGAUUGAAAA